UACCCGCCGUGCUUCGCGCGGCAUACACGGAAGUGGUUUCCUCCGGCUGAUAAGCCGGGCGUUUGUGGUCGCACCUCGACGGGUGGCGACUACUACACGGGAUGGCAGGAGUGCGAGGGCCCGAGGAGAGCCGGGCCGCCGCCAUGGCCGUGGAGCAGGACAUGUUCGAUGCCGUCGUGAUGGCGGAUGAGAGAUUCCAUGGGGAGGGAUAUCAGGAAGGCUAUGAAGAAGGCAGUAGCUUGGGAAUCGUUGAAGGAAGGCAGUGUGGCACAUUACACGGAGCCAAAAUUGGAGCUGAGAUUGGGUGCUACCAUGGGUUUGCUCUUGCGUGGAAAUGUCUCCUACACAGUGGUGCUGGCGAGAAAGACAGAUGCGAUGGAGUGGGGCCUGGAGUCGCCCCAGGUGACAGCCCCCCCACCCCGCCUUGCAGCCGGAAGAUGAAGGUGGUGGAGGCGCUGAUCACACUGCUGCAGCACUUCCCCUAUGAUGACCCCACCUACGAGAAGCUCCAUGAAGACCUGGACAGAAUCAGAGGGAAGUUCAGACAGCUGUGCUCACUGCUCAAUGUGCAGCCCGACUUCAAGGUAACCGCACGAGGCUCUGGACUUGCGUUUUGAGGACUCAGAGGAGCAGAUGUCUGCACAUUAGGUGUCAGAGUGAUUAAAAGCCAGCCUGAGUGGCUCUCAUUGUUCUGUGCGAGGACCAGUGUGGCCUCUUCCCUGAGGUUCUUUCUGGGUGGCUGCAGAGGUCUCACUGCCCUGCCUUCUGCACAGGGGCCUGGCAGCACCCUCAAGAGACUGCUUGCUGCUGGCCAGAGUGAGUAGCCUUGUCAUUCCUGUGGUCCUGAGUAGGGUUCCCCUGAGGGUGGGACUCAGGAGAGGCAGGCUGAUGUGAAUGUACUUAAUGGCAAACGAGCAGGAUCUUUGCUGUGUGCUGAGACCCUGCUGGCCACGCGGGCUUCCUUUGUUUCUCUCCAUCCCUCUGGCAGCCCAGAGGUGGAUCUCACUCCACUCUAGAGAAGAUGAAUAGACCCACUUACGGCCUGCUACCCCAGAUCCACGUCCCGCAGUGCCACACGGUGCCUCUGCCUUGAGCAUGUGCCGUUAUUGCCUACACCAUUGGGACCCCGUCCUCUGCUGCAGAAGACCCAGAUUCAUGCAGUGUGCACAGGAUCCAGGCUCCAUUGGGCCUGGUUUGCCUCUGGAUGCCCAGCUGAGGAGACAAGGCCAGUCUGAUCCUGAGGAAGCUGAGGCAUGGCCUUCAUGCUGCCCCCAAACAGGUGUGGGGUGAGCUCUCCACAUUAAGAAGUGGCAGUGGGAGAACUACCUGGGAACCAAAGCAGGACUAGAUGGUGGUUGCUGCUGUGAACGUGCAGGGCUUGCCUGUGUGACACUAACGCUACUUUAACAGCAGCUUGCGUGUCUCGCAUGGUAUUCACAGGCAGGUCUAAGGUGAGCUGUCAGGAGUAGGCUCAGUGUGCCCAUGCAUUUCACUGGUGUGGACACACAUGACAGCAUGUGUUGAUAGGCCUCCUCUGGGUGGCCCCACUGUAUCUGACCCUCCCUAUUUCAGUUCCAGGGCAGGAUGUGCAGGGGUCACUGUGGAUGCAUGCCACUUGGAGUUUUUUGUUUUUUGUUUAUUUUAAUUUUCCUUUAGAGACAGUCUCACUGUAUAGCCCAAGUUGGCCCUAAAGUGUGAUUCUCCUGCCUCAGCUUUCUGAGUGCUGGGAUCUCAGGCCUCUGAACCUAGGACACUGGUUUUACUAUCAUGUCAUAGCAUCUUGAUAGAGUAGGGACCUCUGUACAAGCUGGAGCUCCUCCCUCAUUCUAUCAGCCCAGGCGAGCCGGAGGGAGGGAUGAUGCUGGUGCCUGAGGCUUGGGGUGCCGUGCAUCUGCUCCCCGAGUCUGGCAGCAGCCUCUCAGGAGGCCGCACCAUCCUCCCAGCUGCUUCCAGGACCAGGUGCUCUUCAGUGUGCUUCUCUGGGUGCUGAGCUCAGAGAGCUGUCUGUGGCUGCUGUUUUGACCAUUUUACUUUUCUGUUUGGAGAAAAGAAUAAACUGUAUUUUAAAGUGAUA